GAAGAAAUCUGGCAAUUGACCCAAGUGAUCGAUUAUUGCCAUUUGCCAAUCUUUUGACUUUUUGGCUUCCAUAAUUUCGAUCUUCAUUCAUGGAAUCUCUCGCACGCCCCAUUAUUUCUCUUCGAUACCAACACUACUUAACCCUCAUUAUCUUCCUCCUAGUCAAGACUCGAGUUGAAAAGAGAACCGGAAAAAUGACUCAGAGUCGUCUCACUUUCUUCAUCUUGGCUUUGCUUCUGUUAACGCGUAGUGAAGGCAGACUACUAAUUUCUUCCACUACUGCGACAUCAUCUACUGAGGAAUCAAGCAUCAAUGAUGAUGAAUGCACAGGGGCAGGAAGUGAAGAGUGUUUGAUGAGGAGGUCCAUGGUUGACCACACGGACUACAUCUACACCCAAGACAUCAGUCAGCCCUGACUUCAAUUACUUUGUUUUUAUAACUUCUGUAGCUUCGGUGUGAGCUUUGCAGCGUCCAUGAUUUUGAAGAACUUACAAGUUUAUCAAUUUUUGCUGAGACCGAUGUUAUA